CACCAGCACCUCACUGGCGACACUGUGGUCAUCACCUCCGAUGGUGACACCACCUCUGCCCUCUACCCCAGCCCCCUCCCCAGUUCCCAAAAUUACUAUUUCCCCAACCCAACCCUAGCCUCAAAUGCCCUAAUCUGGAUCUAGGUCGUCCACCGCCACCCUGAUUCAACCUAUAACCUCAAAAUCCUAGCCGCCGGUAACCUCACACAAAUCUGGAAUGAGGACGACGAUGGUGUGCUCCCGUGUUCGACCUCGCCCCUGUAUCUCCUCAAUGCUUAAUCGAUCGAACAGAAAACAAGAAAAGGAGAAGACAAAGUGGGGUGGGACGUGGGAUGUGACGGUGGAGGCAACGAUGUAAGAUGAUGACGGAGACGCCAGUUCCACAUCGAGGCAGAGCUUGAGCGAAGAUGAGAGGUGUCAGUGCGACGGAGGUGCCGCGACGAUGGAGGAGCUUCGAUGAUCGCAGAACUCGACUGAUGCAGCGGUCGUGGAUGUGCGGCUGCAGGUGAGCGUAUUCAGACGAGAACAUUGGGAAUUUGGGAAUUAGGGUUUGAAUCAUAUUAUAUGAGGGGUGUAUCUGUCCAUUCAUUUAUAAUUAGUCAUAUUUUUGUCCAGAUUUAAAACAGGACUUAUUUUUGUCUUUUAGAAGUGUGGUAGUAUUAUAUCCGUCAUUAUUUCUACUCCCUAACACUAAAAGCCCUCACGCCCCAACCCGAAAGAUCAAACGGCUAUAAACUUUAUACACGUGUUCAACACAUAGGAACUAUGUCCUCCACAUCCACACGGUUGCUUAGGUUUCCAUUUUUGGUUAUUUGUCUAACUUUCCCACCUUUUCACUGAUUUACCCGCUUUACCCGUUCAGCUACCGGUGGGGGUAUGGUUUUGUCAAUAUUGACUUGUGCCACUGUCGACGGAUCAUAGCCGGGAAAUGAAAAUCUCCGUACUUUUUCUCACACACACUAUCCGAAGCUUCCUCCGCUUCACUCUCUUUUUCUGUAAAAUUCCUCUCUAUACAAACUGCACACAUAUGGCUUCAAUUUUUUUUUUUUGCCUCCCUGUUUUCUCGCACAGACAAGAAAUGCCAAAAUUUACCUCCACAGUUGGGGGAAAAGCCGUCUUCCCAAUCUGCCACAGCUUCACGCCAAUAUCUUCUUUUCCUCCUCUCACAAUUGUCUAGUUUCUGAUUUUACGAGGUGCGUAGACAAACGCAUUUAGAAUCCUCUAAGUAAUUGUGGGGUUCAUUUGCUUUCAAUUUUAUCAUGGUUGGAUUUGAUCACAGCUCCUUAUUGUUGGCAUUGAUUAAAUGUGCUAAUUGAUGCUUUUAACUGGUGCUUUACUAUGACUACGUUUUGUAGUGGAUUUAUAAUGGCUGAAGGUGGAAUUUGAAGGUGCACGUGUCAUUGCUAAACUCAGUGUAUCUAGACAAUGUCAGGCUCUGUGAAAUCAUUGGAACCAGCAUUUCAGGGAGCAGGCCAAAGAGUAGGUACUGAGAUCUGGAGAAUUGAAAAUUUUCAGCCAGUUCCUUUGCCAAAAUCUGAUUAUGGGAAAUUCUACUCAGGCGACUCUUACAUCGUCUUGCAGACAACUUCCGGUAAGGGAGUCAGUUAUUUGUUUGAUAUACACUUUUGGCUUGGAAAAGAUACUAGUCAGGAUGAAGCUGGAACAGCUGCAAUUAAAACUAUAGAACUCGAUACAAUGCUUGGAGGACGAGCAGUACAUCACAGAGAAAUCCAAGGUCAUGAAUCUGAUAGGUUCUUAUCCUACUUCAAACCAUGCCUUAUACCAUUAGAAGGGGGUGUUGCAUCUGGAUUUAAGACACUAGAAGAGGGAGAAUUUGAAACAUGCUUAUAUGUGUGCAAGGGAAAAAGAGUUGUCAGGAUGAAGCAGGUUCCAUUCUCUCGUUCAUCACUAAAUCAUGAUGAUGUCUUCAUUCUGGAUACAAAAGAGAAGAUAUAUCAGUUCAAUGGUGCAAACUCCAGCAUUCAGGAAAGGGCCAAAGCAUUAGAAGUAGUCCAGUUUUUGAAGGACACUCAUCACAGUGGAGUUUGUAUGGUUGCCAUUGUAGAAGAUGGAAAUCAAGCUGAACCCGACUCUGGUGAAUUCUGGGAGCAUUUUGGUGGGUUUGCUCCAAUUUGCAGGAAGGUUGUUGGUGAAGAUGAUAUCAUUCCAGAGAAAACUCCUCCUAAACUCUUCUGCAUUGCAGAUGGUCAACUCAAUCCUGUAGAUGGUGAACUUUCCAAAUCUAUUUUGGAAAGUACCAAAUGCUAUUUAUUGGAUUGUGGCACAGAGAUAUUUGUUUGGGUUGGGCGUGUUACUCAACUGGAUGAGAGAAAAGUUGCCACUCAAGCUGCAGAGGAAUUCUUUGUCAGUCAAAAUAGACCUAAAUCAACCAAAUUUACUCGGCUCAUUCAAGGUCAUGAGACACAUUCAUUUAAGUUUGAAUUUGGUUCUUGGUCGUCUGAAUCAACAUCUGCACCUGAGGAAGGAAGAGGAAAAGUUGCAGCUUUCCUGAAGCAACAAGGUGGUGGCAUCAAAGCUUCAAGCAAAAGUGCACCUGCAAAGGAGGAAGUCCCCCCUCUACUUGAUGGAGGUGGGAAAAUAGAGGUAUGGUGCAUCAAUGAAAAUGGAAAGACUCCAGUUUCCAAAGAAGAUGUUGGUAAAUUUUACAGCGGAGAUUGCUAUAUAGUUCUAUACUCCUACCACUCUCAUGAUAAGAAAGAAGAUUAUUAUCUUUGCUGGUGGAUCGGGAAGGAUAGUGUUGAGGAGGACCAGAUGAUGGCAGCUGAAGUGGUCAUGAAAAUGUUCAAAUCACUAAAAGGGAGACCUGUUAUGGGUCGGAUAUUUCAAGGGAAAGAGCCACCCCAAUUUGUUGCCAUAUUCCAGCCCAUGGUGAUCCUUAAGGGUGGAUUAAGCUCUGGAUACAAGAAUUACAUUACAGACAAAGGUUUAAAUGAUGAAACUUAUACUGCUCAUUCAGUUGCUCUUGUCCGGAUAUCUGGAACAUCUGCCCAUAAUAAUAAAGCUGUUGAAGUUGAUGCUGUGGCAACAUCACUCAACUCUAAUGAAUGCUUUAUUCUUCAAUCUGGCUCAAUGUUCAUUUGGCACGGAAUCCACAGUACUUAUGAGCAGCAACAGCUAGCUGCAAAGGUUGCUGAAUUCUUGAAGCCAGGAGUGUCAGUGAAACACACUAAAGAAGGAGCUGAGAUAUCAGCUUUCUGGUCUGCUCUUGGUGAUAAAGAGAGCUACAUUAGCAAGAAGGCACCUGCAGAGUUUAUGUUCCGUGAUCCCCACAUGUUCACACAUUCCAUCAACAGAGGUAAAUUUGAGGUAAGUUCUGAAAGUUGGGCCUAAUUCCUUCACAUAUUCCUAUGUAUUAAUUAAUAGCUCUGUAACACAGUUCUUCCCCGUCUAUCAUAUGUUAGGUCAAGGAAGUGUACAACUUUUCUCAAGACGAUCUUUUAACUGAGGAUGUCUUGAUACUGGACACACAUGCUGAAGUCUUUAUAUGGAUUGGUCAGUUGGCUGACCCCAACGACAAGCAAACUGCUUUUGAAAUUGGGCAGAAAUACAUUGAGAUAGCCUCAUCUUUGGAAGGAUUGUCCCCUAAUGUUCCACUGUAUAAAGUCACAGAGGGAAAUGAGCCAUGCUUCUUCACCACAUUCUUUUCUUGGGAUCCUGCAAAAGCUUUUGCACAUGGAAACUCAUUCCAGAAGAAGGUUAUGUUACUCCUCGGUGCAGGUCAUGCUGCGGAGGAAACAUGCAAUCAAGAUGGGCCAACACAAAGGGCUUCAGCUUUGGCUGCUCUGAACUCUGCAUUUUAUUCAACUUCUUCUUCAUCUAAACCUUCUUCUCCGAGACCAGUAGGGGCAACUCAGGGAUCACAAAGGGCAGCUGCUAUAGCUGCCUUAUCUUCUGUUCUUACAGCUGAAAAUAAGCAGGCACCCAUCAAAAGCCCUUCAGCAGAAUCAAGUCCUACAGCUGGAAUAGAAAAUGAAAAGGCUUCUGCCAAGAUUGAAGAUUCUGAAGUAUCUCCUGAAGUUAAUGAAACAGAUGCAAAAUCUACACAUGAGACUAAUGAAGAGGAGGAUGAUGAUGAUGAAGGGAGGCCUGAAGAAGAGCAAGAUGGAAAUGAUAGCGAAAGCAAUCCUCCCAUAUUCAGUUACGAACAACUAAAGGUCAAAACUGAAAAUCCCAUAACUGGAAUCGACUAUAAAAGGAGAGAGUAUUAUCUGUCCGAUGAGGAAUUCGAGGCAGUCCUAGAAAUGCCAAAGGAAGCCUUCUACAAGUUGCCAAAAUGGAAACAAGAUCAGCUUAAGAAGAGAGUUGAUCUCUUUUAGGAACCAAGAGUUAAUGCCAUUAGCAUUUAGCUUCCCCCUCACUUGAUCAUCUACACAUCUGACAUGGGUUCUAUUACCAUUAUUGAACAACCUCUUUUAUAUGUCCAUUAUAUUUACUUCGUUUGAUAUUUGAAAUACUCCUUUCCUUUUUCUUUUAAUGUUUUGAAAUGCUGUCUUGUAGAGCUACUUUUUAUUACAUGAUGCCAUGAUGGUAUGAAGAUUGUAGUUGCUUUGGAUGGAGUGUCCAGAUGUGUUAGUAAUGGAAGAGUUAGAAAGUGUAGAUACCCAUAAAGAAGGUGUAAACUGUAAAGUUUAAACUUAUAUUGUUUGAGAGUUAAAAAGUGAGUGUUAGUAAGCAAGUGAAUUCACAUAAAUUGAACUCAAAGACAUCUGAACCACUUAUACACACUUUUAGAGUUCUAGCUCUAUAAAUGCCGAUUGGCGUA